AUGUCUGCUUUUACUUUAUCUGCUACUAGUUGCGUGACCGCGGCGAUGACGAGAAUGAGCUUGAAAUCCUCCACCUCAAAAACCUCAACGUCAGCCGCAUCCACGUCUUUGUCCGCGAAGAAAACGGUUGGGAACGCGUCCGUUUUUGCGUUCAACAAACGAGUCACCCCGUCGGCGAGUAAUGGACGCGGUGCUUUAGUCAUUACGGCCGGUGGCCGAUCCAUUGGUUGCACUUUGGGUGGUACCAGAAGAAAGACGGCGAGAAAAUCUGGGUUUUUUGCGAGAAAAGCGACGCCAAACGGAAGAAGAGUUUUGAAGGCAAGAAUGAAGAAAGGACGUAAGGUUUUGGCCCCGGCGGGUAAAACGCACUCGACGUGGAACAGAAUGAAGAAGUAA